CUUCGACAGUCUAAUCAUGGGAAGCUCAGAGAGAAACAUCCAAAUAGUUUUCUUCAUUGUUUUCACCCUUUUUCACGGCACAAUUUCGAAUACCAUCCAUGCGCCCACUCAUGGAAAUGUAACGUUAGAGACAAGGGUCCAGCAAGGAGAGAUAGAAUACAUUCUGUGGAAACACAAAGGCAACAAAAUGGUGGAGUGGGACAAUACCAGUGGUGUUCCCAGUGAAUAUAUGCCAUUCAAUGGGCGGAUGAUGGUAAACACAAACACUGGAGAUGUGACCAUCAUCAACCUGGCCAAAGAUGAUAGUGGGCUGUAUGAAUCAGAAAUUCGAGUGGCUGGAACAUCACCACUUACAAAUGUUACAUAUGAACUACAAAUAAUGGACCCUGUGACAGAGAUAAUGAUAAUCUGUCAAAUCAAUGGUACCAUGGAUAUCCUACACUGUGUAGCAGUGGGUGACAGUCUGGUGUACAGCUGGUCAGGGCCUGGACUACCAACUGCAGGGAUGAGCGGACAGACGGGACCACAGAUCAGUCAUGAGAACCAGGACUCAGUCUUCACCUGUAACGUCUCCAACCCAGUCAGUCACGGCAGUGUUUCUCUACAUGCUAGUGACUGCUCAACCUCAGGAAACCCACUUAUCACAGUGUUGAUUCUUUUGGUGAUGUUGCUUCUGUCUGCUGGAGCGGCUGCUGGGUUUUGGUACUUCAACCGCAGAAGGAAAGCGAAAGUGGCCAUUACUAGGAGAGAAGACAACAGAGCCGAGACUGAACACUGGAUCAGCAAUCCCAGAGACAACAGUUUCAAUGACAAGUCGCAGAAGAACUUCACACUGUCCAGGAUGGCUCAGGAGAAGCAGGGCAGUCUACGUUUAAAUAACAAACAAAAUUCUUUCACCGGAGGAUUCACAUCGUUUUUUUCCCUGAAGAGAAAAGAGGGCACGCAGGAGAAAGGUGAGGGUGAGGAGAUGACACAAAUGAGAGUGAUUCAAGAUAGCAACCUGGAGGCAUGUGAAACAGCAAGCCCAACUGGUGACAGUGGUGACAUUUCAGCUCCAACCACGGAACCAUCGAACUAUGGAACCAGUGAGAUAUCAAACUCAAUAGGCGAGCAACCCACAUACACGUAAACCCAACUGAGACAUCAAACUAAACCGCCACAGUUUUCAUUUCAGAGAGGUUCCACUUUCAAUGUCUGUUUCCCUAUACAUUGGCGGCACACAGAUAGUCGUGUAUGGCUUCACUUGGGCUAACUUUUUGGUUGGAUCUUAAGUCAUAUGCAUGCGACUCUAAACCCAACGUGAACCGACAUUUAGAUUUUUUUAGUGUUAUGUGUCUGCUGUGUUUCUUUCAUUUACUGCUGUUUAAAUGUCUUUGCGUAUAAUGGCAAUGAAUUCAUUCCAUUGUAAUGUUCUUGAUUUGUAACUUGGUAAAUCUUAUUACCCUGUUAAUUGUAAAAUGACGAUUUUACUGUAAGAGUGACGUAUAGUGGAACAUCAGUAAAAUUAAGUUUGCCGUGAUCCAGUAGCUAAGCAGAUUUCAUAUUGUAACUGUAUAUUCAUGUAAUUAUUGACUGUGCCCAAUUUUUUUUAAUAAACUGUGAU